CGUAGAAGUAGAAGUAGAAGCGGAAGAAGUGUUAGUUAGUUAGGUGUACGCAACGCAUUCGUCAUUUUAUUUCCAAAAGCCGGUCCACAUUGUAGAACUUUCAGCUUUGUCAUAAAUUUCGUCCCCAAACCUAUAGUUUAAUUUUCAUCCGUGCAAUUUGCAUUAUACUUUCUUCUUUUUACUUUAACUUUUGGAAAUUACAUUUUCGACAUGGGUGUUGAGGUACUGACAAUUUCUCCUGGUGACGGCCAAACCUUUCCAAAGACUGGCCAGACAGUAGUUGUUCACUAUACAGGUACACUUGAAAAUGGCGUUAAAUUUGAUUCCUCCAGGGAUCGAGGUUCACCAUUUAAGUUCCGCAUCGGAAAAGGAGAAGUUAUUAAAGGGUGGGACCAAGGCGUCGCUCAGAUGAGUGUUGGACAAAGAGCCAAGUUGACCUGUUCCCCAGACUACGCUUACGGAUCGUGUGGACAUCCUGGAAUUAUCCCUCCAAAUGCUACGCUGAUAUUCGAUGUCGAACUACUGAAGGUGGAGCCAUAAGUUGUUUCGCUUCAAGAACUGAAAAACCUUUUUAGGAAUGUAACAUCAAAACUAACACUAUACCAUAUGUUACUGUUCUUCAACAUAGUUUUUGGUUUGUAUUAAGCAGUUUAAAUUUAAAUCCUUCAUAAAUUUAAAUGUAAAUAAUAUAUGUUUUAAAUGUUUCUAAUUGGACAAUUCUGCUGGUUGCAUUCCUAAUUGCUCUAUUAAAUCAAUUAUAAGAAAUCGGAGUUUACUGGUAUCUGCCAUAUUAGUUUAUCUUUGAAUUAUUUAGUCCUAUUUUGCAAUUUGUUCGGAAUUUGAAGUUAUUAAGCUUUUAAUAUACUCAGGGAAUUCGGGCCCCUUAUGCAUUGUGAUGUAGGUAAUUACGUAGUUUUGGGUAACCAGAUCUUCCACUAAUCUGAAAUUUUAAAAUUUUGUUAUUGUGAAUCAUUAACUAAGUGUUGCAUUAGAUCUGUCGUUGUGGAUGUAGUUAUUUGUGGGGUUAACUUUUAAAAGGUAUCAAACUUCUGUUUCAGUUUUAUAACAAAUGCAUUAGCAAAUAUUACUUAGCGAUAUCUUUUGUCUCAAAUGUAAGUUAAAUGUUUUGGUAUAGUAUUUUUAUUCUAUAUGUAGCAUUAUGAAUAAUUCUGUAACUCUUGAAGUGGCAAUGUAACUCUUAAAUGUAUCUGAAUAAACAUUUUCAUUUGAAAUUUAUUUUUCUAA